GCAAUGACGGUUUUGAAACGAUAAUGUGGCAAUGAUAACACUAGUGCCUUUCAGCACUUUUUCGUUAACUUUUUAGAUUUUACCAUUUCACAUAUCUUUUGAAGGCAGAAAUCUAGAUAGUCACAUUUCAAAGAACUCCAAACCACUUCUGUUUUUUUUUACAUUGGAACUAUUCCAUAUAUUUGCAUAAAAAAAUCCAAAGCUCAUCUGCACUGUUGUAUGAAUGCUUGUACAUCUGAAAGGCUGAAAAGGUAUGUUUUUACAAACAGAAACUCAGCGUUGUUGUUUUAACAGGAAGGCAUGAAUGAGCUGCAGCUUCACCUUGUUCAUAAGUGGCUCGUUGCUCUCUAGAUUCGCUUUGCACAGAAAUUAAACUGCACCACAUGUAUAGUUCUUGUUAAGACUGCCUCUAAGUUGGCAUAAGGUAAUACUAUGUCAGAAGGUAUUUGCUGAGACUCCAGACAGAGAAGAAAUGGAAUUUCUUGAUCCCUUUCCCACAGCUUUAUCAAUCCUUCCGUUCAACGUCUGUUUCGCAAACUUCAUUUACACAGGAUGUUGCAUGUGAAUCUUACCAAAAGCAGAACUUUGGCUUUAUUUACAGUGCUGUUUUUCCAUGGUUUCUUUCCUGUUACAGAACAGUAACAAACUAGUAACGGUUUCAUGAAAUGUGAACUUAGUGGCGCAGCUCUUAUAACACCUUUUCUUCUCCAUCAUUUUAUCAAAGUCAUUGGUCUGACUCAACAGAGCAACAAAGGGGAAGAAGGUUUGGCAUCUUCUCUGAGACUGCAACUGGAGAGCUUCUACGUAUAAGAUGGGUACUUCAUGGCACUCAUCAGCCUCUGGGAAGAUUUCUUACUGAAUGGCAGACAUCUUCACAAUGCAGUGUAAGAAUUCCACCUUCAACUGCAGCAUAGAACCUGAGCUUUACAACUUUAUUUUUGCAUGUGGCUAUGCAACAAUAUUCAUACCUGGUUUACUGACAAACAGUGCAGCACUGUGGAUUUUAUAUAACCUGAUCCGAAAAAAGAGAAAAGCACUCAUCUUUAUGUUCAACCUUUCGAUAGCAGACUUUUUACAUGUUUUAACAUUCCCUCUGCAAAUCUUAUAUUAUUUAUACAGCAACUGGCCAUUUCAGCCUGCCUUCUGCUUGACCUGCCUUUACUUUAAGUAUCUCAAUAUGUACACUAGCGUGGUAUUCCUUAUCUGCAUAAGUAUCCAGCGGUGCAUUUUCCUUGUGAACCCUUUUCAAGCAAAACAUUGGAAGCAAAAAUAUGACAUAUUUAUAAGCAUCUUGGUCUGGUUAUCAGUGGGGGCUGGCUGUGUGUCAUUUGUCAUUAGCCGUGAACUAUAUCCUGUGAAUCAUAGGCCAUGCUUCACUGACAUACGAAUGAAAAACGUUGCUCUAGAAUAUUUAAUUGCAAUACUGACUGGAUCUGAAAUGACAGGAUUCAUUCUUCCUCUUGUGAUCAUCACAAUUUGUACAUGGAAAACUAUGCAGUCUCUAAGGAAGAAUCAAACAUUUUCUCAAGACAAAGAGAAAAUAAAGAGGGCACUAAGGACCAUUUUGAUGUGCACAGCAGUUUUUCUUAUGUGCUUUGCACCCUACCAUAUCAAUCUUCCCUUCUAUUCUGUGGCCGUACAUCUGCAGCACUGCUCCUCUCUCUGUGUACUGUCUUUCUGUAACGGCAUUUUUGUGUUGCUUGCCAGCCUUAAUUGCUGCAUGAAUCCAUUUAUAUAUUACUUAACAGCAGAUGAAUUCAGAAAACAUCUUUUCAGGAGGUCUCAAAGGUUACAGAGUUCACUUUGUGCAAUCUAACUUUCCAGGACUUUGAAACAACAAUUACACUGUUCAGUUUAAGAUGAAUCUAGUUUGGGACUGGCAGAAGAAAAAGAUGCUGCUGCCAGGUGAAAUGAAAUGUGCAGCACAAACCCAGCAGUGAUACCAAUUUAGCUGAUUUUCAGACAUUAACUUUCAUGCCAUAUUGAAACAUUUGGUUUCUGUUUUCUUUUUUUUUUUGCAUUAUAUCUUUUUAGUUUUCUCAGUUUUAACCACAGAUGUAUAACUAUUAUUCUGACAGCUUAAAGCUGAACUCUUACCUUAUUUAAAUUAUGUGAAGUUAUACAA